AAUAUCUGUCUAUAUAUCUAUCCACCUAUUAUUGAUUCUAUAUAUCUAUCUAGGAGUAUUAUUGAUGCUAUCGCCACCAUAACACCAAACCAAACACCAACGCCUAGCUAGAACAAACUUGCCCGCCACCGGAGCCGCGAUGAUGGCCGUGUCCUUUUUGUUGGUGUGCCUGGCGGCAGCUCUGCGGCCAACCGCGGCCGCCGAGGCCGGAAGGGAUGGGAUCUUGCAUAUCCCUUCCGCCGCCGAACUGGCUCAGGCUCGCUGCCCUUCCAGGUGCGGUGGUGUCGCCAUUCGCUAUCCGUUCGGCAUAGGGCCGGGCUGCUUCCGGCAAGGCUUCGAGCUCACCUGCAACAGCACCGCUAAUCAUAAGAGGCUCUUUCUGGCCAACACUACCACUGAGGUCCUUAAGUUUUAUCCUGUAGAAAAUAUACUUCAAGUCCGUCCUAUCCACUUCAACGUCACCAUGAAACCAGGUAUGAACGACACCUAUAACAUGUCAUGGGAGGCCCCCGUUAAAAGUGUUAGGGCCUCUGAAUACAACAGCUUGUUCGUAGUUGGUUGCGGCGUGGGUGUCUACUUGUUUGGCAAGGAUACCAACGAUCCCAUAGGUUCAUGCACGAGUAUUUGCCUAGACGACAAAGAGGCCAUGAAGGAGGCAAAUACAAACAAGCAGUACGGUGGCGAUGUUGGGUUGGGAUACUGUUCCAUCCGUUUGCAGCAGGACGUGCCAGCCUUUGGGUUCAUAAUUGGCCGCCUCAAUGGUGGCUUCUCAUCAGCACUAUCAAGUCAAGGUCAAGGUCUCUCUAAUAGUAUCAAAGUUUUCCUGGCGGAAGAUUACCAUUUUCAUACGGUUGACAUCUAUUCAAGUAAGAUAGACGAACGGAAUGUACGAACGGCAUAUCUUAGCAUGGCCAUCACGGAUCAACCAACAAACUGUGAAAAUGCUCAUAAGAACAAGUCAAGCUAUGCUUGUAGCGCUGACAGCGUUUGCCAGGAUCUAUCAUCUGGAGGCUACUCAUGUUGGUGUCGCAGUUACGCAGAUGACGAGAAUCCGUACCUUAUGGACGGCUGUCAAGCAAGUUACACUUCCAAUCCUAAAGGAGGUUGCAAGAGAUUAUGCGGGAACACAAGCAUUCCAUUUCCUUUUGGGCUUGAAAAUGGUUGCUACGCUGCCGAAAAGUUUCGGCUUAACUGUACAUCAGAAAACGUCACAAUUCUUGAUCGAGCUGCCACAUACAUUGUGGCCAACAUUUCAGUGAAUGAAGGAUAUCUUACUGUUAGAGAAAUACAAAACAACUCAAGGUACAGCGAUGAAGAUCUUGCGGUAAUAGGUUAUACAAGCGAUGGGGGCAAGGAAAUAGAAGACAUCGUCGAUCAAUAUGGUUUUUAUUUAUCUCAAGAAUACGACAUGAAGAUGUGGUGGUCUAUCGAUAAUUUAACCUGUCCGGUUGAUAUGAGCAAGCAAAGAAGUGCUAUGUACGCAUGCCGCAGUGUCAAUAGCACCUGCAUUCCUGUUACCCGCCGCCAUGGGAAUGGGACAAUGCAUCUCGGCUAUCGGUGUCAGUGCUCUCCCAAUUAUGAAGGAAAUCCAUACACACCGGAUGGCUGCACAGAUGUCAACGAGUGUUUGUUGAUGAAUACUUGCAAUGGAACAUGCCAAAAUUAUCCUGGGGGCUAUAGUUGCAAGAACUGCACUCAUGGAAAAGAGUUUGAUCCAAUAAAAAAGAGAUGUGUCACAUCGGCAAAGAGACGCAGUCUUAUCUUAGGUAUUGCAAUUGGAAUUGGUUGUGGCCUUGGUGCAAUAAUACUUGUGCUAGGUAUAAUGGCAUGCAUCAGCAAGUGGAAGAGAGGCAUACAGAAGAGAAUACGAAGAGCAUACUUCAAGAAAAAUCAAGGCCUACUCUUGGAACAACUAAUAUCAGAUGAAAGUGCCACUGAUAAAACAAAGAUAUUCUCCUUGGAGGAAUUAAAUAAAGCAACCAAUAACUUUGAUGUCAGUCGUGUUCUUGGUCGUGGAGGACAUGGCACCGUUUACAAAGGAAUUCUUUCUGAUCAACGUGUAGUGGCUAUCAAAAAGUCAAAGCUAGUGGAGCAAACUGAGAUUGACCAGUUUAUCAAUGAGGUUGCCAUCUUAUCCCAGAUCAUUCACCGGAAUGUGGUCAAGCUUUUCGGUUGUUGCCUCGAAACAGAGGUGCCUUUGUUGGUGUAUGAGUUCAUAUCCAAUGGCACACUAUAUGAUCUUCUUCACAUUGAAGUAAGUGUUAAAUGCUUACUUUUAUGGGAUGAUCGUAUUAGGAUUGCAACAGAAGCUGCAGGUGCUCUUUCUUAUCUCCACUCAGCUGCUGCGAUACCAAUUUUCCAUAGAGAUGUCAAAUCUUCCAAUAUACUUCUAGAUAGCAACUUUACUACCAAGGUAUCAGACUUUGGUGCUUCGAGGUCUUUAUCACUUGAUCAGACACAUGUAGUGACAAUUGUACAAGGAACUUUUGGUUAUCUGGACCCCGAGUACUACUACACCGGAGAGCUGAGUGAGAAGAGUGAUGUUUAUAGCUUUGGAAUUAUACUGGUGGAGCUUCUGAUGAGAAAGAAGCCAAUUUUUAUUAAUGAAGACGGUAUAAAACAAAGCUUGGCUCAUUACUUUGUAGAAGGACUUCAGCAGGGAUUUCUGAUGGAAAUCAUAGAUCCCCAAGUCGCAGAAGAAGCGAACCAGAAUGAAAUUGAUGAUAUUGCCUCAGUUGCGGAAGCAUGCUUGAAAACAAAAGGAAGAGAAAGACCUACCAUGAAAGAGGUAGAAAUGAAGUUACAACUCCUAAAAACUAGAAGAUUAAGGAGUCAACUUCCUCCCAUAAAUGACGGAGAAAUCAAGUCAUUUGGGUGCCUGAAUGGUGCUAGCUCUCAUGCGCAGAGCAACAACAUUAGUAGUAAUGUUGGCUUAACACCUACAUGCACCUCCGGAAAGUACAGUCUGGAGCAAGAGUUCUUGAACUCAGCCAGCUUGCCACGUUAGCGAAGCACCCAGUGGGAUGAUCAUCUUCUUUACUAAGCUUCUGAGGUGUAUCUUUGUCAGUUACCUACAUGUAUUUAUAUAGUAAAAAAUAUGUAAUGUACAUUAUUCCUGUUAGUGGGAUUAUGUCAUGUAAAUUUCGACAUUGUGUUUGUAGCUAAUUUUGUACGUGUAAUUUCAA